AUGUCCCGAGUUUGGUUCGUCACUGGCUCCUCCCGCGGCGUUGGCCGUGCAUUGGUCGAGCAGAUUCUCGCUGCUGGAGACAUGGUCGUGGCAACUGCCCGCGAUCCCUCACAGCUCGAUGACCUGGUCACCAAAUAUGGAUCCAGCAAGAUCCUCGCGGCAGCUCUAGAUGUUGCAAAUGCCCAGCAAGCCAGCGAAACAGUCAGAGAGGCGGUCGACAAGUUUGGCCGCAUCGAUGUGGUCGUCAACAAUGCAGGCUACGCCGAGAUGUCUUCUGUCGAGGACACAUCCUUUGAAUCAUUCCAUUCCCAAGUCAAUGUCAACUUUUUCGGUGUCGUCAAUGUGACAAAAGCCGUGUUGCCUAUUAUGCGCCAACAAAAGUCUGGUCACAUCAUCCAAGUCUCGACCAUCGGUGACCGAGUUGGCUCGCCUGGAAUAGUCGCCUACCAAAGUGCCAAAUGGGCCGUCGCUGGGUUCUCGACUGGUCUAUCCCGAGAAGUUGCUCCUUUCGGCAUCAAAGUCACUGUCGCCGAGCCCGGCGGUAUCAAGACUGACUGGGCCGAUACUGCUACCAGCGCUGCCACAAUCAGUGAGCCUUACCAGCAAACUGUGGGUCAGAUGAUCAAGUUUAGAGAAGACAAGUCGACUUGGUCCGAAGGGUCAGAGAUCGCGAAAGCUAUCAAGCAUCUUUCCGAGGUUGAAGAUCCACCAUUGAGGAUUGUUCUGGGUCCUAGUGCGAUACCUUAUGCUCAGAUGGCGGCCAAGGCUCUUGCUGAGUCUGACGAAAAGUGGUUGCAAGUUUCCAAGUUGGAGAUUUAA